AUGACUACUACUAUUACAUCAACUUCGAGCAUUGGCGGUGUGACGGAUGGAGGGGGACUUUUCCCUACGUUUGUUCCGAGUGAUAUUGCGGGACAGAUGGUUUUGGGUUGUCCUAUUUCAUCCUUCAUGUCCCUCGACUCCAAAUGUCCCAUCACAGGCACCGGACUCCCUGCAUGCGCAACCCAAACCGCUGAUUUCGACGAACCAUGCUGUGGUUCUCUCAGCGCAUUCGCCACUAGCGUUGGAGAUUGUUAUAGCAGUAAUGCACCAGAUUGUUUGAAUUUAGAUGAACUCUCCAGUAGCCUAACAGCCUUCAGCGCCACAGCAACCGACCAACAAGUCACCAACCCCUGCGCUCGAUUCGCUUCCACAACCCCUACCAGCGACCCCACCGGAGCGAGAGAGCAAGCUGCUCAGACCGGGGAGACUGGAGGAAGCGGAGCAACCGAAGGAUCUACCACAAUAGGAACUGCAACGGACAGCGCAAGUACCGCCAGUAGUACGAGUUCCAGCUCUGGAAGUGCAAAAGAGAGAGGAAACAUGGGAUUGAAAACGAUUGCCACAUUGGCAUUGCUAGGAAGUUUAGGUGUGUUGUGGUUGUGA